AUGGCUCACAUUGACGAUAAUAAAAAGGAUUUGAAUUGUGAUGUGCACCAACCAACUUAUUUGGGUGUUCGUUUGGCUGUGAAGGUGAAACAAGAUAGUGAUCUGACUUGGGUUGAGUUAAAGAAAUUGGUUUCAGAAAAAGCUAUUGAGACUUUAUCCCAAGAAGGAGAUGGUGUGCUUCCUUACCAAGGAGAGGGUGGUUAUGGAGGCAAAGAAGGUGUUGAUUUUGGUGGUAACAACGAAGGUGGAGGUGGUAGUUGUUGUGGCGGCGACAAUAGAGGAGAAGGCGGUGCCAACAGCGGUGAUGGGGGAAGAAGAAUAAGAGGAGAAAGUGGUGGUGAUGGAGGAAUAAGGGGAAGAAUUAGUGGUGGUGGAGAUGGUGACGACGACAGAAGGACAGGAGAUGGCGGUGACAAAAGGGUCGAGUGGGAAAGGGGGUAG